AUGCCAACCAUUUGUCAGCUAAGUUUAAAUGAGUCUCUGGAGGGGAAAGGUUUCCUGCACGAUUCCAAUGGGUACAAGUACUGGACCUCACGGAGUCGGAACGCCGGAUUCACCGGCAGCAACGUCCGACCACCAGUUGUUCACAAACCUAAGACAUCACCAGCAAGACAUGCAUUCUCAUACAAAUCAUCAGCUGCAUCAUCAACAUCUAGUGAACAUCGUCCAGUCAGCUACAACCAACAACCGAGAUUUGUUCCUAGUGGACGUAAAGCGUUAAAAAUGGCCCAGGGUGGAACAAGACGGUUGGUGACCUCCAUCAAGAGACCAUUGAUACCCAUCACCAAAUCUAGGAGACCCAACAGAGCAAUCCCUUCGGCAGUUGCUGCUCCUAGUCCAUGUUCCUCUUUUUCUCAAUGCAAGUGCUGCAGAUGGACCAUGAGUUACAAGAAAACCACCAAAAUGUGUACAAAACCUAAAUAUACUGUUAAAAGUGUCAAAUUCUGUGUUCGAAAGAGUAAUGGCAUGUGUCUUAGAACUGUCAACCAAAAACAACGAGUACCAGAUGGUGUUGAAUCCAAACCUUGUGUGUCAUCUUCCGGAUCAAGGACGUGCACAGCUUGUUGUCCGAAAAUCCAGUUAGGUUACCCUUGCACUUUGGCCAAGAAACAGCCCAGAAACUCACGACACAUCAACAAGCAUGACAGAAACAUACAAAGCGAACAGAGAUUGGGUGCAGGACAGGAGGAAUCCCAGCUGGAAAUCAAGCGACGUAACCAAGAAGAAGAAGAAGAAAAACGCAAAGCUGAAGAAGAACUCAGACGGGAGCAAGAGCGUCAAGGAUCACGUUUUCCAUCCGGCGAUGGGAUCCUAGACCUACGUCCUGAUGAUGAGCUUGAUGAGGAUGCCACUGGACUGAACACUAGGCUUAAUCCUCCCGUCGUUGUGGAGCCUCCUUCGAACACAACUGGAGUUAACAGGGGGCCUCAGAUUGAUCUUCCUAGACGAUCGGACAUUCCGCCCAAUCCAGAUGAGGAGGAGGAAAUGGAAAGUGAUGACCCAAGCGAACUGUGUUGUGGAUUCGAGGAGGAUGAACGAAAGUCCUGCUGCAUGAACAAACCAGAUGGUUUUUACCAACGAUGUUGCCCUGAUCCAUUCGCAGAUAACGCUCGAGGUGAUCCUGCUGUGUCUACACCACAGAACGUUAGGCGACUUCCAACCUUCCAAAGAUCUCCAGAAAAAGGUCCACCUCUUUGCUGUUCAGAUUCCCGCCAAGAGAGAUACGCAUGUUGCCUCCGCUUACCACCAGGUAGUCCACGUAAUUGCUGUUCUCCAGAACAUAUGGAACUGUUACGUCAAGACAAUCGAGUGAGCGAAUUCCGUGCUCCACCACCUCAGAUCCGUCAAAGACCUUCCGGAGAGAAGGGCGAUCCUGUUUGUUGCAGCUCGAAUCGUCAAGAGCGUUAUGACUGUUGUAUGAAACUCCCAGCUAACGUAAACAUCCAAUAUAGUUGUUGCGCCCCUGAUCACCUAGCUAAAAUCGAGCAAGACAUCCGACGGAUGGACGUAGAAGAGGUUCUUCCACCAGUAAGACCAACACCAUUCCCAAGAUACCAGGAAUUACGAGCUCCGGAAACUAUUCGUUACUUUCCAGUUCCUCAAAGGAACACAGAAAAGGGCGACCCCGUCUGUUGUUCUCAAGAUCGACGAGAGCGCUAUGAUUGCUGCUUGAAAUUACCACCGACCGUUCCCUACAGCUGCUGUUCUGCUGACCAAAUGGAGAUGCUAGAACAAGAUAUGAUUAAACUGGACAGACCACCAGUUCCAUCGCUACCUGAUCGCCGGUUCCAGGAACUCCGAGCCCCGUCUGUCAGUCAUUAUGUUCCAGUUCCCCAGAGAAACACUGAAAAAGGAGACCCAGUCUGCUGUUCCCAAGAUCGUCGAGAGCGUUACGAAUGUUGUAAAAAAUUGCCACCAACUGUGCCUUAUAGCUGCUGCUCUGCUCCACAGCUUGAAUUGAUUGAAAGAGAUUUAGAGCGAAUGGAACCCAUACGUAUUCCACCACCAACACCAUAUGAUCCUGGUUUCCAGGAAUUCCGUGCCCCUGCAACCAGCUUGGUUCUUCCCGUUCCACGACAUACUGAAAAAGGAGAUCCGCUCUGCUGCUCGUCAACAAGGCGCAACCGAUAUGACUGUUGUUUGAAACUUCCACAAAACGUUCCCCGUCAUUGCUGUUCUGCAGCUCACAUGGAACGUCUCAAAGCAGAUUUGGACAUGAUGGACAGACAUCCAGAUAUAGCAAUCCGUCGACCACCACCAGCUCCUGCAAGAUUGGUCAGCACCGGACAAAAUGCGGUCUCUCAAAGAACCGUUGAGCGACGUCAUCGUAGAUGCUGUUCCAAAACGCGUCGUCAAAAGAAGAAGUGCUGCUUUGCUUACCCGAUAAGCAGCAAACCCGCCUGUUGCGACGGUGUUGGCCUACCGGAAUCGGCAACGCCAUCCUCCUUUUACCCGUUUACCAGCAUACCAGCAUUUGAUUUCCCGAACGACCAAGGAUAUAACUCAAAAGGAGACACUGCUUUGAAAAGAAAUCCCGGUCCAUUUUCGGGAACAGAAAGGCAUCCUAAAUUUCCGCCAGCGUCAAGUGCAGCUUUGAUUUCGUCUUCGCAUUCCGAUUGCUGUGCUUCCUCUGCACGAGUGCGUGAUAAUUGCUGUAGCUCAACGCAAUUGAUGGGCUUACAAGCUCGGUGUUGUCCAAAACUCAAAAAACCUUUAGUUAGUUCCCAACCAAGUUGCUGUAAUUUGGCACCGUAUGUAAAAGUAGACUGUUGUGCGGACUCUAAGUGGACUGGCAAAUGUUGCCCAGUUCUUGGUUGA